AAUACAAAAAAAGGCGGCUCUCGUUUCCCGGCAAGUGGCUUACCCAAACAAACAACUCCCACCAAAUAUUUUCUUAAAAAAGAAGAAUAAACAACAAAAACGAACAAAUAAAUAAAUAAAUAAUGAAAAAAAAAUAUUAAAAAGCAAAAACAAGAAGUUCCUGAAACCAAAAGAAAUCACCUUAGACGCCCCGUUCGUAAAAUCGCCCCCCUUUUUUUUCUUCCAAUAAAAAAUUCUGCGUUUCUGUCUCGAUUUUGCUUUCGAUUUGGAAGAACGGGGUGUUUAGGUUUGAAUUUCAAUAAAUAAUCUGCAGAUUUUGUAAUUUAAUUUUUUAUUUGACAUUUAGAUGAGAUAUUAUCAGAUCAAAUCUUAGAGAUUACCGAGCGAAGAAAAUCAAAGGCAGCAAAAAAAAAAAUGGAGAAUAUGAUGAGCAAGCUUCGGAAUUUGGAUGCUUACCCAAAAAUCAAUGAAGAUUUCUACAGUCGUACACUCUCCGGCGGUGUUAUCACUCUCGCUUCCUCCAUCGUCAUGCUCCUGCUCUUCCUCUCCGAGCUUCGGUUAUAUCUCCAUGCGGUAACGGAAUCAAAGCUUGUGGUAGAUACUUCUAGAGGCGAAACCUUACGAAUCAAUUUUGAUGUGACUUUUGCUGCCUUGCCUUGUUCUAUACUAAGUCUCGAUGCCAUGGACAUCAGUGGCGAGCAGCACCUAGAUGUAAAACAUGACAUUAUCAAAAAAAGAUUAGACUCCCAUGGAAAUGUGAUAGAAUCAAGGCCAGAUGUUAUUGGUGCACCCAAGAUUGAUAAGCCCUUACAGAGACAUGGUGGCAGGCUUGAGCACAAUGAGACGUACUGUGGUUCAUGUUAUGGUGCAGAAGCGGCUGACGAGGAUUGUUGUAAUUCAUGUGAAGAUGUCCGUGAAGCUUACCGAAAGAAAGGUUGGGCAAUAUCAAAUCCCGAUUUGAUUGACCAGUGCAAAAGAGAAGGCUUUCUGCAAAGAAUUAAAGAUGAAGAAGGGGAAGGGUGCAAUAUAUAUGGAUUUUUGGAAGUCAACAAGGUAGCUGGGAACUUCCAUUUUGCACCUGGGAAAAGCUUUCAACAAUCAAAUGUUCAUGUACAUGAUCUGUUGGCAUUUCAAAAGGAUAGUUUCAAUAUAAGUCACACGAUCAACAGAUUGUCUUUUGGAGAUUAUUUCCCUGGUGUUGUAAAUCCUCUUGAUGGUGUGCACUGGACUCAAGACAACCCAAGUGGGAUGUAUCAAUACUUUAUCAAGGUUGUACCUACUGUGUAUACAGACGUGAGUGGGCACACUAUACAGUCAAAUCAGUUCUCUGUGACUGAACAUUAUAGGGGUGCAGAAAUGGGCAACCUUCAGUUCCUUCCUGGAGUGUUUUUCUUCUAUGAUCUUUCUCCUAUAAAGGUAACUUUCACGGAGGAGCAUAUUUCAUUCCUGCACUUCCUGACAAAUGUUUGUGCCAUAGUCGGAGGUGUUUUUACAGUUUCGGGGAUACUAGAUUCAUUUAUAUACCAUGGCCAGAAGGCAAUCAAGAAGAAGAUGGAAAUUGGCAAGUUUAGUUGAGUGGUUCUAUUAGCAUAUGGUGCUGCUCCAUUUGUUUGGUCCGCCUGUCAACGACUUUGUGCGACAGAAUCGAUCUAGGAAAGAGGAAGCUUGUAGUGCACUCUCAUCACUGCUUGGGCAGAGGCAUCGUCGUUGAAUCGGAGACUUAAAAGAACUAGGUUGACAUUCCUUAAUUUAGACAUGCCAAAAUGCCCACAAUGUUAAAACAGCUUUGUAAUCGCUAAAUCGUGAUGUGAAUCUCUGUUUGAAAGCCGAAAGAAGGGCUUCUUCAUUUCCUCCGGGAUAUUCGAUUCUCAAUGGAGAUCCAGGCACUUUACUCCCUCCCGAA